GUUCACCUGUGGAGGUUCUGUGAUUGGAGAGACAUUGCACUUCACUCCGCCCCCUUGGCUCGCUGCCCGCCUCUCCAGGACCCGGAGCGCACUCCGCUCCUCAUUACCCUCCACUGGCCGCAGCGGAACAUGAGCCUCUGUUUUACUGAGUGGACGUAGAUCGACACAAAUGGUUCUACCACGUUUCCCCGUUUUGUGCUGACCGAAACUGUUGUCUUGUAAAAAGAAUCUGCUGCUGUCACCGGUUCUGAUUUUCUUUUCUUUUUUUUUCUUUUUGGAUGCGCCAUGCAAUCUCGUUGGUGGAGUUGUGGCAUUCGGCUGGUGGCAUGGACAUGGGCUUUGAGUCUGGUAUUGCUUGGAGCGUGGUGCAUCCCCGCAAAUGAAGUGAACCUGUUGGAUUCUCGCUCGGUGAUGGGAGACCUAGGAUGGGUGGCUUAUCCGAAGAAUGGGUGGGAGGAGAUCGGGGAAGUUGAUGAGGACUACGCCCCCAUCCACACCUACCAAGUAUGUCGUGUGAUGGAGCAGAACCAGAACAACUGGCUCCACACCAACUGGAUUCUGACUGAGGGUGCCCAGCGAGUAUACAUUGAGCUCAAGUUCACCCUGAGAGACUGCAAUAGUCUACCUGGAGGGGUUGGGACCUGCAAGGAGACUUUUAACAUGUAUUACUAUGAAACGAACGGUGAUGAGGAGGAAAUGGAGGAUGGAGAGAUGAGAGAUGAUGUUGGCAUGACAGACGAGGAAGACAGGGCAAUGAAGGAGAGCAGAUACAUCAAGAUUGACACCAUAGCGGCGGAUGAGAGCUUCACCGAGCUGGACCUGGGGGACCGCGUGAUGAAGCUCAACACCGAAGUCCGUGAUUUAGGUCCUUUGACCCGGAAAGGCUUCUUCCUGGCAUUUCAGGAUUUAGGGGCCUGCAUCGCUUUGGUGUCGGUGCGGGUUUUCUACAAACGCUGCCCGUUCUUGGUGAAGAGCCUGGCCGAGUUUCCUGACACCAUCCCAGGAUCGGAAGCAUCGCAGCUAGUGGAAGUCGUGGGCCACUGCAUCAAUAACUCCCUGCCCUAUGAGCCUCCCCGGAUGCAUUGCAGCACCGAGGGGGAGUGGCUGGUGCCCAUUGGAAAAUGUGUUUGCAAACCAGGAUUUGAGGAAAUUGGUGGAUCUUGUCAAGUCUGCCAAGUGGGGUUUUACCGCUCGCUGCUGGAGUCUACAGCCUGCAGUAAAUGUCCACCUCACAGUGUGGCCAGACAGACAGGGGCCACAGCCUGCAGCUGUGAAGACGGAUACUAUAAGAUUGAUUCUGACCCUCCUAAUAUGGCCUGCACACGUCCUCCCUCUGCUCCACGUAAUGCAAUUUCCAAUGUCAAUGAAACCAGUGUCUUUUUGGAGUGGUCCAUUCCUAUGGAAACCGGUGGGAGGAAGGAUGUACACUACAAUAUAAUCUGCAGACGGGUCUUGCCGGACGGUAGGGGGUUGGAGGAGUGUGGCCCCAACGUACGUUUUCUGCCACGCCGCGUUGGCUUGUCAAACACCUCGGUGAUGGUGGCUGACCUGCAGUCACACACCAACUACAGCUUCCUGCUGGAGGCUGUCAAUGGGGUGUCAGAGCUGGCCAAAGACCACGCUAAGCAGUAUGUGUCUCUUAAUGUGACAACCAAUCAGGCAGCACCCUCCCCAGUAAGUGUGGUAAGGAAAGGACACACGGGGAAGAGCAGCAUCGCUCUUUCUUGGGCAGAGCCUGAUCGGCCUAAUGGCAUCAUUCUCGAGUAUGAGAUUAAGUAUUUUGAAAAGGAGCAGGACUCCAGUUACACUAUAAUAAAAUCCAAGGACACUGAGAUGGUGGUGGAAGGCCUAAAGCCUUCUUCAGUUUACAUUUUCCAGGUACGAGCCAGGACCUCAGCAGGCUACGGUGCGUUUAGCCGACGUUUUGAAUUCCAGACCAGCCCUUACUUAACCGCCACCAGUGAGCGUGCUCAAGCUUCGAUAGUAGCGGUGGCCAUCACGCUGGCUCUGGUUCUUCUGGCAGUGGUUGCAGGAUUCCUUCUCAGUGGACGGAGAUGUGGCUACAGCAAAGCAAAGCAGGAUCCCGAGGAGGAAAAGAUGCACUUUCACAAUGGUCACAUUAAAUUCCCUGGGGUGCGUACUUAUAUUGAUCCCCUCACCUAUGAGGAUCCUAACCAGGCAGUGCAUGAAUUUGCACAGGAGAUUGACGUCUCAUUUAUCUCUAUUGAAAGGAUCAUCGGUGCCGGGGAGUUUGGGGAGGUGUGCAGUGGACCCCUGAGGCUGCCUGGGAAAAGAGAGAUCCAGGUUGCCAUUAAGACCUUGAAAGCAGGCUACACAGAGCAGCAGAGACGUGACUUCCUGUGGGAGGCUUCAAUCAUGGGCCAGUUUAACCAUCCAAACAUCAUUCGUCUGGAGGGGGUGGUCACAAAGAGCAAACCUGUUAUGAUCAUCACUGAAUACAUGGAGAAUGGAUCACUGGACACCUUCCUCAAGAAAAAUGAUGGUCAGUUUACUGUAAUCCAGCUGGUUGGUAUGCUGCGUGGCAUUGCAUCUGGCAUGAGAUACCUGUCUGACAUGGGCUACGUCCACCGUGAUCUAGCAGCUCGUAACAUCCUGGUCAACAGUAACCUUGUGUGUAAAGUGUCUGAUUUUGGUCUGUCUCGAGUCCUGGAGGAUGACCCAGAGGCUGCAUACACCACACGGGGCGGAAAGAUUCCUAUUCGCUGGACAGCUCCAGAGGCGAUUGCUUACAGGAAGUUCACUUCAGCUAGCGACGUAUGGAGUUAUGGCAUUGUCAUGUGGGAGGUGAUGUCAUACGGAGAGAGGCCCUACUGGGAGAUGUCCAAUCAAGACGUAAUAAAAGCAGUGGAGGAGAGCUAUAGGUUGCCAGGUCCCAUGGACUGCCCUGAGGCACUGUACCACCUGAUGAUGGACUGCUGGCAGCGAGAACGAAGCAGCCGCCCCAAGUUUGAUGAGAUUGUUUGUCUACUUGACAAACUUAUUCGCAACCCCAGCUCAUUAAAAAAGCUGGUCAACUCCUCACACAGGGUUUCCAACCUGUUAGUGGAGCAUGCUAGUGUAGAGGGAGACUGCAGCACUCGAAGCCAGACUGUAGGAGAGUGGCUAGAUUCCAUCAAGAUGGGGCGUUACACUGAACUCUUCAUGGAGGGAGGCUACUCCUCACUGGAAACGGUGGCUCAGAUGACAUCAGAGGACCUACGAAGAGUAGGAGUGAACUUGGCUGGACAUCAGAAAAAAAUUAUCACAAGUAUUCAGGAGAUGAGAGUCCAUAUGAAUAACACUAACUCUGCUGUAAACAUCUGAUGCACAUGUACAGGCAUGCACGCAUCCAUACAUCCAUACCUGCACAUACGUAAAUACAAUAUAUGGACCUAGUAUGUAAUCAAAGAACUGUUGGACCUAGAGCAGCUUAGCACUUUCUGCGGACAAAGAGACGCAGUGUUCUGUGGACCUGCACUGGAUGAUCCACGAUUUCGAUGGUUUUUGUGUGUGGAGUUUGCAUGUGGUGUCACUGGAGAUAUUUGACAUUGCAGCGCUAAAACCAAACUGAACUGGACUGAGUGGUGCUAUGUGGAAGACAAUGAGGAUGGUGAUCUGAACUGAACUCAUGGGACACUUUUCAUUUUAGUUGUCCUAACUGUGUGAAUUGAAGGGAUUCUUACAUUCUUUGCACUGCUUGGAUUCUCCCAGCUCCAACAUGAAACAAAGACCAUACAUCUGACCCUUCAUUUUUUUGUUUGUAUCUCAAUGGGAGUUUCAGAAAAUAGGCUCUGGCUGAACUUUUUUAACCUGUCUCAGGUGAACUGAGCCCAGAUGAUCUGAACUGAACUAGCUUAUUCUCUGGUAAUUGUCUCUGCAAGUACAUUUCCAUAAGAAGCCAUUGAACUCAGCAACAUUCUCAGGCAGGGACCAAGAGCAAAAUCUACAUAACUGUCAAUUUGUUUUGUCAUGUUGAUGUGCUUUGCUUUUCAUUUUGCAAUCUUUGAUGGAUCUUUGUGCCGCAAACCUUCAG